CCUCCCGUCGUGUUGCCGCUACCAGCCGCUCCGAAGCCCCCCCUCUCACCCCAUGCUUGGGACAAAGCCAGCUCACUGCCAGCCCAAUGACUGCCUGGAUCGUCCUGCCUGUCAGCCUGUCUGCCUUCUCCAUCACAGGAAUAUGGAUAGUGUACGCCAUGGCUGUAAUGAAUCACCAUGUUUGUCCUGUGGAGAACUGGUCUUACAAUGUAACGUGCACAGAGGAGCUGCCCAGACCAGGCUUCCCGAAGACAUGUUGCACCAUCCAGGACAUCCCCCUCAUCAGUAAAUGCGGCUCUUUCCCUCCUGAAAGCUGCCUGUUCAGCCUGAUUGGCAACGUUGGAGCCUUCAUGGUGGUGAUGGUGUGCCUUCUGCGCUACGCCCAGGUGAUAGAACACAGCCACAGAUGUUGGGUCAACACCAGCGCUCUGGUGUCCGGCUGCACCAACGCUGUGGGUCUGGUCAUGGUGGGCAACUUCCAGGUCGAUCACGCCAAAUCUCUUCACUACGUGGGUGCCGGUGUGGCGUUCCCAGCCGGGCUGCUGUUCGUGUGCCUGCAGUGCGUGCUCACCUACCGGGUAGCAGUGACAGCCCUCGACUACUGGAUGGCCCAUUUCCGGGUCGCUCUGGCACUGGGAGCUAUGAUCUCCCUCGUCCUCAGCGGUAUCUUCUUCAUCCACGAGAGCUUCAUCCUGCAGCACGCUGCCGCCAUCUGUGAGUGGGUCUUCACAGUAGACAUCCUGGUCUUCUACGGCACCUUCACCUACGAGUUUGGCACCGUCACCAGCGAGACCAUGAUGGCAGGCCUGCAGCAGAGUCACCACCUCAGCUCAGGGGUUAUCAUGGGCCCCAGGGCCCGGGGCUCGACCAUGGGCGGGGCGACCAAGGGCCUCAAGUCUCCAGGUGGAAGCAGCACAUCCACACAUCUCAACUGUACCCCGGAGAGCAUAGCCAUGUUGUAGCUCCGCACCGCUAGCCCAAAGGUCUGAAAAAUCACAGCAGAGGAGCUUCAAGAGCUUCCACAGGAUGGAAAGAUGACAGAGGUAGCAUGUGAAGAAAGACAGGAAGUUUGGAUAUCUUUAAGAAUUUUAACUGACACCAGGUUAUCCCGUCUUUAAUACACUCUUAUCUUCUUUCUUUCUUUUUUUUUGUCUUUCUCCGACGUUGGUGCGAGGCCGCUCUUUCGGCGAGCAGCCGCAGUCGAAAUGUCCCGUCACGUUUUCUGUAGUGAAACUGAAAAAGAAGGCGCUGAAUGUGUGGAGCCAGUCUUGAGUACUGGAACAAUGAAUGUUUCCACGAUCGGGCAAAUCUUCACAAAAAGUAGGUAGUGUCCUGAACGGGUCGUCUUUUUAUUGAGCGUCACUGGCAUAUGAGUUGAAAGAGAAGGUUCCUUAAAGCCACAAAGCCCCUUCCUCCUCCUUCUCCCCUCCUAAACACUCCUUCAUGAACUCUCCAGUGCUUCGCGCGGCCCACCUGUUUUGGCCUUUCUUUUUUUGUUUUGCUUAUUUUCUGCACGGCACACUUUUUCAAAAUGAGUGAAUACUCAUUUAUGUUUUGAGUUGGCGUAGCGAGUAGAAAACACUGAAUGUUUGAGAAGUGACUAGUUAACGUUAUGUAUGUUUUUACAUUUUUAAAAAUCAAACAUAACAGAUCUUUCA